UUUGGGAUAUAAUUAAUUGAUUGACAAAUUAAGAAGAAGCAGCAGCUUGAUCUCCUUGAAAUACAGCUUGAACAUGAUUGUUGCAGCCGUACAAUUCAACCAGGCGCCAUUAAAAUACAAAGUCUACCACCUUGCUUCCCAUCUAAUCAUCCUAAUAUCAUCCUCGAAUUUAGCUUUCCAUGGUUUGCACCACAAGUUAGUUUCCCGUGUGUUCCCAUUAGUUUAAUUAAUUAGUCGGAUAAGCCGCAUGAUUACUCAAAAUCAAGAAUUCAGAGUCCCUUAAACAAGUACUAUAUAUAUAUAUAUAUAUAUGCAUCACAAGAAACAAUUGAUCUGAUCAAUUCUUUAAUUAGCUCAUGUUUGUUUAGGAAGUUUUAGGUUUUUUCAGUCGCCAUGGCUGUGGAGAAACAGCACCAAGAAGCAAUUUUGGAGAGCGUGUGGGCGAGUUUCAUCGCCGGAAAGGAGCCGGAAAAGGCUACGCAGGAGCCGGAGACUUCUGAAGGUAGCAGAUCAUGGGAAGAGCUCCCAAAUCUAAAUGGUAGAGACGGAUCAAUGGAGAUUCUACAAAGGCUUCCCAGCCUUGGAAGGUGGAUCUCAAUGGGAGCCGAGACAUGGGACGAGCUCCUCGCCGGAAUAGUAGUGGAUUCUCCGAACACCAUCCAACAGUCUGCAUGGCCGGCCGCCGAUUCGGAUUCGCAGUCGACUGCUUCGCCGGCGGCGAGGCACUACAGGGGGGUGAGGCGGCGGCCGUGGGGGAAGUACGCGGCGGAGAUAAGGGAUUCGUCGAAUAAAGGAGCUAGGGUUUGGCUGGGGACCUUUGAAACGGCGGAGGAAGCUGCUUUGGCUUACGACAAAGCUGCGUUGAGAAUUAGAGGCCACAAAGCUUAUCUAAAUUUUCCACUCGAAACGGUUGCCAAGGCCAUGGGAAUGAAUUGUUCGUCGUCCACGACGGCGUCUUUCGGGAGAAACAACGAUGAGAAGAAAAGGGCGCCCAGAGAAUGGAAAGAUGUCGAAGAAUUGGGUGAGCCUGAGCAGAAGAAGACGAAGAAGAAGAUGGCGGCCAUGGAAGAAGCUUGUGGGGAUGGCUUUGACGAUGUGUUGGAGUUUCAGGAUCUUGGGAGUGAUUAUUUGGAGAGUUUGCUUUCCUCUUUCUGAUGAGAAAGCAAUUGGGAAGAAAAACACCAGAUGAAAUCAAAUCGCUAUAAAUCCAAACAAUUAUCACAAUUACAAUUGCCUCUUUUAGAAUAUGCAUAUGUAUAUAGGUUUCAGUCAUUAAUUAGUGUGGAAACAUUCUUGUAGUACUGUCCAAUUAGGCUUGGUAGUUUGUAAACUUAAUUAGCCACGUUUUGUUAUAGAAAAUAUUUUUAAUUUUUGUAGAUCGGAUAAAUCUUU